CUUCCGGAUCCGAUUUUUAAAUGUGAAGGACGAAUGUCUGAAAUUAAAGAUUAUAUAUUUCUCGAGAAAUUAGGCAGCGGAACAUAUGCCACUGUCUAUAAAGCACACAAAAAAGUAGACAAAGUUUUUAAAUAAUAUAAACCAUAAACGUUUAUUUUGAUUAAGAAUUAUAAAUAUAUAAAAUGUCCCUCCUGCCUGUUUCCAUCCCAUUAUCGCUCUUUGUUUUUUCAGGGACGCCCAAAAUCAGUAGUUGCAAUAAAAUGUGUUGAGCGAAAGGGACUUAAUUCAAAAUCAGUAGAAAACUUAGCCAGGGAAAUAGAACUAUUGAAGCAAUUGAAACACGAACAUAUCGUUAAAAUGAUAAAUUUUGAUUGGGAUGAAAAAUUAAUUUAUAUUGUUAUGGAAUAUUGUAGCGGUGGAGAUCUCUCUCAUUUUAUUACUGCAAAGAGGACUCUAUCGGAGUACUUAGCAAGAAGAUUCCUUCAGCAAAUAGCUUCUGCCCUAAAGUAUAUGCGCUCCAAGAAAGUUUGUCAUAUGGAUUUAAAGCCCCAUAAUAUCCUUCUUGAAUCUCCAAAUAGCGUCGUAUUAAAAUUAGCUGAUUUUGGAUUUGCUCAUUAUUUAAAUCAGGAAAGUCAAACAACAAAGCAUUUAAUUGGAAGCCCAUUGUACAUGGCUCCUGAAAUUGUUGUUCAUAGAAACUAUAAUGAAAAAGCCGAUUUAUGGUCAGUUGGCGUUAUUCUCUACGAAUGUUUGUUUGGAAGGGCACCGUUUGCCUCAAGAACAUUAGAAGAAAUAAGAGAUAAACUUUACGAUAGUAGUCCUGUUCUUAUUCCGGGUGGGACUUCGGAAAAUUGCAAACAUUUGCUAUCGCGACUGCUUCAGAGAGACCCUGAAAAAAGAAUUUCGUUCGAAGACUUUAUUAAACACCCAUUUGUAGAUCUAGAACAUAAACCCUCUGAGAGUUCUGUCAAGAAAGCAACUGAUAUUGUUCAAAGUGCUAUUGAAUUCGAUUCAUUGGGAAACUAUAAGGAGGCAUUAAAAUUAUAUUCAAGCUCCCUUCAAUAUUUUGUAUCUGCCAUUCACUAUGAACAAGAUGAGGAGAAGAAAAAUUGCAUACGUAGAAAAGUGAAUAAUUAUAUGAAAAGAGCUGAAGAAUUAAAAAAAAUACUUUAUCCAAACGAUGUUCCAUCUGAAUGUCCCGAUUCAAAGAUUCUUCCAACACUGUUUAGCAGUAUUAGCGAGAAUGAAGUUGAUCUUAGACGAGCUCUUAACACCUUGUACUCUGCUCAAAAAUUGGCAGCCAACAAAGAAUUCGAAUCAGCUUACAAGGCUUAUGAAAUUUCCAUUGAAAAACUUAUACCUCUUGCCAAAGCAGACGAUAAUGUGAAUAGAAAAAAACUCUUGCAGAAGCAGCUUUCCAUAUCUUUAGAUGAAGCUGAAAAAAUAAAAGAAUAUCUACAAACAAACCUGAAAGAAACUAAGGAAGAUAUGAAAAAGGAAGAAGAAUGUAAAAGUAAACUCUGUAUAGUAAUGUAA